AUGGAUUUUCAACGGGAUUCAAUUCGUCCGCUGUCGAAUUAUGAAGUCUAUCUUGUGGUAAAGCAAAUUCAUGAUACAAAUACUGAACGCGAAAAUGGCAAACGAGGAAAGAAAGGACAAAAUCGGACACUUGAACAUUGUAAUUUUGGUUUGAAUACCGUUACUUACGAAACACUAAAAUAUCUCGAACAAACGCCGUGUGUCGAACAAAAUCCAACGAUAAUCAGGCAGUUUUAUGACGAAGUGAAAAAAUUUGAUUUGAAAAAGUCGGAAAUACUACAGUUAUUUAAUUUACGUCCAACAACACCUGUUGAAUUACAGUUAAUCAUUGAAGAUUCGGAAACUCGUUUAACUGAAACGCAAAGUAAUGAGUUAGUCGAUCUGAUACGAACACUCCUCCCGCCUCUCGGAGGCUCGAAUUCUUCUAAUGAAAUCAUGGAAUCUUAA